CCAGGGACACACUGAUGGCCGCGGGGGUCAGACCUGAGCCCAGAGGCUGAAUCAGGAAUGACCACCUGGGAGACCAAUCCCAGACCAUCCGAGAUCGCCAGGCUCCGUGCCAAGGAUCCGAUCCUGCCUGCAGUUCCCUUAUUCCUCACUAGUCACAAUCCACUUUUCAUCCAUCCCGCCCGUUCUGACACCGAAUCCCCCCCGAAGCCCCCAGCAGUGAUCCUUGGGGCCGAGCGUUCAUGAAGGGCCUUCCAGGAGGGGAAGGGGCUCAGUGCUGCGGGGGCUGGAGAAGCGGGAACACUCCCCCCGGCAACGGACCGUGUCGGUGCCCUCUCGGAGCAGGAGAGGGAGACAAUCCUCCACCUCCGAGAUUCCCGAGAGCUUCGGAGCUCCGGCAGCUGAGCUCACCCGGCACCGCGAUUCUGGACCAGGAUGGGCUUGUCUCGUCUCUGAAGCGCCUGAGGUUCAGGGCGUUCAUUCACCGCCACUCCGAAUAGCUCUAAGCGCUGAAUCCCCGGGCAGGAUUCAGGUCCCAGCCUGGCUGCAUGGGAAGCCUCUGCCGGCGGCGUGGGAACCGGGAUGCCGAGUAACCGAGGAUGGCACGGGCCUACCUAAGGGGUUCAUCCACCGGGAAAGUCGCAGGCACCGCGACACAGCCGGGACCCCGCUCUGCUGCCCGCCCUGCGCAGGGAGCACUCCUCACCCCACGCCUCAUCCCACGCUCCGUGCGCCGUGGGCCGGCCGUGGGCCGUGGCUGCCCACAGAUUCCAUUAAUGCAUUUAUUUACAGGAGUCCGUGUGUGUAGUGGUGCAGGGGCAGGUGCCGGGGUGACGCCGUGUCCCUGCGGGGACUUUUUCACGAUCGCUGCGUUAAUAAAGCGCUCGCCGUUGGAUGGACAGACUCGUGGUGCGGGGAUCCGGCACCGGCCGGCCCGGGGGGUCCGGGGAGUGCCGAGGGGAUCCCCGCGGGAUUCCCGGAGUGCCCGGCACAGAGACGCCGGGUGGUUCCCAGGGUGCCGGGGGUGCCUGGGGGGUUCCCGGGGUACCGGUGGGUGCCCGCCCCAGUGCCGGAGGUGCCGCCCCCGCCCCGCCCCGCCCCGCCCGCAGCGGAAGCGCCACGUCAGGGGGGCGGGUCCCGGUCCCGGUCCCGGUGCGUGUCGCGGUGCGUGUCGCGGUGCGUGUCGCGAUGCCGGGCGCGGUGCGUGGCGCGGUGCGGGCACUGUGCCUGGCCGCGCUCCUGGGCGCUCUGGGGGCCGGCGGGACGGAACUGACGCUGGAGCUGCCCGACAGCGACCGGCGCUGCUUCCACCAGGAGCUGGAGAGCGGCAUCAAGUUCACCCUCGACUACCAGGUGAUCAGUGGGGGACACUAUGACGUAGACUGCUACGUGGAGGACCCCAACGGCAAGACCAUCUACCAGGAGACCAAGAAGCAGUACGACAGCUUCCCACACCGCACCGAGGUCAAGGGUGUCUACACCUUCUGCUUCAGCAAUGAGUUUUCCACCUUCUCCCACAAAAUUGUCUACUUCGACUUCCAGGUGGGCGACGAGCCACCCAUCCUGCCCGACAUGAACAACCGCGUCACUGCCCUGACACAGAUGGAAUCCGCCUGCGUCACCAUCCAUGAGAUGCUGAACUCGGUGAUUGACUCCCAGACCCAUUACCGGCUGCGGGAGGCGCAGGACCGGAGCAGAGCCGAGGAGCUCAAUGGCCGUGUCUCAUACUGGUCGGUGGGGGAAACCCUCAUCCUCUUCGUGGUCAGCGUCGGACAGGUGAUGCUGCUCAAGAGCUUCUUCACCGAGAAGAGACCCGGCAGCAGUGGGACCAGCACCUAGAGCCGAUGUGUCGGUGCCCGAGCAGAGCGGGGAGCGGGAUGGCAGCGGCCCUGGGGUUGUGCUUUCCCUCUGACCUGUGCCGGAGGCGGGAGCAGGGGGUGACGUGACGCUGCUGAGCGGGGUGGACGGGGUGGACGUGGACACCCAAGUACAGGCAUCCCCCCACAUCGCCUCCCACUCGCCAUCGCCCACCUCGCUGCCCUGUCCCCCUGCCUGGCCACCCUGUCCACACUCUCUGGCUCCUCUGAGAAGCGGGCGGGUGCCCUGGACCAGUAUCAGCAUCGACACUGGGGGACCCUCAGAGCCCGACAUGACUGCAAUGGCCACGAGCUGCCCCUCAGAGCCCUGCACGGCCAGCGAGGGGAUGGGGCAGCUCUGGCCCACCUGGUGCCCACCCAGUGCCAUCAGCCUGAGAGAGCUGCCCAUGAGCUGGGGGUCUCUGUCUGCACCCCGAUUGUCCCAGGGCACUCUCAGCAGCAGAGCCACAGCAGCAGCAGCAUCCCAUGAGGGCAGGUUUUUUGCUGGGUGGUCCUGUGGCUCUACUAGCCCCUCCCCUCGAAGCAUUUCUCAGGCCAGCAGUGUUUGAUUUGCCCCUACCAGGUGGUAUUUUCAUACUCACAUGGGUCCAUGCCUGAGAGUCAGCCCACCAUGCACCCCUCCCUGCAGAUACGUGCCAGGGAAGCCCCAUCCCUGCCCCAGCAGCAUUGAGUACCCCCACGUGCUUGGGACUGCAGCCCCCCAUUCCCUGGAGCCCCACAAAAUGGACACCCCCAGGAGAGCCCUGGGGUGAGCCCCCUGUGCAAGACCCCUGGUCUGUGCAAGACCCCUGGUGGCCUCAAGCCCUCAAGCAGGCGUGAGAUCCCUUCCCAGAGCUUGAGCAACUCCACUGGCCUUUGCCACUUCCAAAUAAAUCCCUGCAAGCAUG